CCGGAGCGUCGCGUCGGGCCGCUCCACGCCGCGCUCGAACCCGCUCGAUCGAUGGAUCGAUCGCGCCGCGCGUCGUCCCACCUCAAGCCGCGCGAUUCUUCGAGAAGUCGACCGAUCGAUCCGUCGCCCGUGCUCAGUCUGUCGUCGAUCGUUGAUCGAUCGCGCCACGCCACGGUCGAGCUUAGAUCCGAUCGAUAGAUCCGAUCGGUGGUCACGGGUGAAAUUUCUACACCGUCUAUUUGUUCUUUUUUUUUUUUUUCUUCCCCUGCGAGUUCACGUGAUGCGCGUUACCCUCGCGAGUUCUGAGGUGCUGGUGAACCGCGUGCGUGCUACGACCGGUGAGAUCUCGGCGAUCUUCAGAGGUACGAGCGUGGAUCCCGUGGAUCUUUAAGUAUUUACAUCUUGCCAGGCUGGGACUAUUGUGAGAAAGGACGGUGUCUUGGCCUAUUGAUCGAAUUUAGUGUUUUACGAAACGGUGAAUAAAAGUCGUGUGUUAUACGAUAUGUCGUCGAGUGGUGAAUUUUCGACUUUAUCGAGUGGUGAGGCCACCGGAACUGGCGACGACUCGUUGCCCAGUUCCAGGGAGGCGACCGCGGAGGCUGCGAGUUCCGGUGCCGGGUUCAUGCCGCUUCGCGAGUUUCUGGACAGAUUCUCGUUACCGAGGGUGGUCAGGGUCGAAGGUGCCGGUGGCAGACCGAUACUACUGUACAAGCAGCAGCAACGAUCGUUGAGAGUCACGGCUACCCUUUUGAUGCAUCGUUAUCGACACGACGUGAAAGUUGGACCUGAGAUCGUAAUUCCAGAAGGAUACCCUGGUUGGUUCUCGGUGGUGUCGAGCAACAGCGGUGCCGGAAGCGCCCGGGUGUAUCGCAGAGUCGGCGCGCUGGUCCGAGCGGGUGUCCCGGCGUUUCUGCUCGCCAAGCCCCUGCGAGCUUACACGCUGACACACUCCAAGAUGGAGAACGGUAACCUGAGGGCUCACUAUACAAAGACUACGGUCCGAGCCGGAGAAGUUCUCCGGCUGGCCGCGGUCUUCCAGGACACGCGGAGGGCACCGGUCUCCAGCGGAAUUUCCGGUGUCGUUAGCGGUGCACCGGAGGGCAAGAGUUCAAGGUCGUCGGAACGAGAUCAGUACGCUCAGUGUUUAGAUUCCCACGGCCACGAACUGUUUGCGCCGCUUUCCGCGAGAGGAGAGUUCUACGCGACUUGCCAGAGCGGUAGCCUCGACACCGGAAGCGAUGCUGUACUCUACAGGGUGCAUCAGCUCGCCAGAAGGGACCUCCCUCUCAGGGUACGACUGGUGGCUGGCCCGUUACCAAUACCACUGCCGCGAGACUACAGCGGUUUAAUGCAGUUAGAAUGUGCGACGAGGGGUGCUAUAGUGUUAGGGUGCGCGGUACCUCUGAUGCCGGAGAGGCCUUUACCAAAUUCGGCGGUCCCGGAACUGCUGGAGUUGGUCGCGACGGGACCUACGGCGCCUCGAGUGAAAAGGGCGCGUUUGGGGUGUCCCUCCGAGGCACGGUUACUCGCGUCGCCGAAGAUGCAACGAUUACUUUCAGCUUGCAGGAGAGCCCUGGACCAGAGAGCAACGGAGCCCCGCGUGGCACCUCCGAAACCCCAGCCUAUCAGUGGUCAACUGAAAGAAUUGCAUCUGAAAGAAAUCAAAUCGAAACCAGAAGCGAAGCCGAUCCUCCAGAGUCUGAAGGAAGGUUUGGAGCAUAUAAAACGAACGACGAUCAGGGACCGUAGUAACAGUCGAUCAAGCAGUAACAAUCACAGCUUCUUGGACCGAAUCUCGAGGAUAGCGCAAGGCGGCAGGAGCCGAAACCCAGCAAAGAAGUCGGCUUCGUUUACGUUCGCCGUUCGCCCGGAAAUCGGGAUGAGGUCCGAGAGAUACGCGAGUCUCGAGUCCGAAACGAAUCUUCUGCAGGCGGCCCAGUCCUCCAGGCAGCAGGUGCAGAGAUCAGUCUCGACCAGCGUGUUGGAAGUUCAGACGCACCAGGACUUGGACCCACCGUAUUCGAAGGUCAGAGACAGUUUGACGCCUUUGCCACCGACUCCGCCGUUGAAAAUGGAGGAGAUUUAUGCAGAGAUCUGCGAGACGAACGCCAGCUGCCUCGACGAGAAGCCGCCCCCUCCAGGAAACAACGGGACCAGGGAGAAGGACAGAGGUUACGUACAAUUAGCGCUGUCGCAUUCUGAGAUUUCUGUCGUGAACGGCGAAGAGGAGGAGGGGAUUUAUAAUACCGUUUGCUGAUCGUGAGUUCUGAGAUAGAGAGAAAAUUCGAUACGCGCGAAAGGGAACGUGACGAGUAUUCCGAGUCCUGAUUCUAGGCUGCUCGAAGUAAUAGCGACUGUUUUUGCACCGAGUUAAUAUUUCACAGUAUUAAAAGACGGUAGGUAUAAAUAUUUAAAUCCUGUGUAAUUGCUAAACCGUUGUGAAAAAAAAGAUACAGUCAGAUUUACGUCUCUGAAAAUACUUGACAAUCCAAUGUGCGGAACACCCACCACGUUCGAGCAAUUCCAUAAUCAAUUCGCCGGAACGAGCGAUACACUAAUUAUGUCGAGCAGCUUGAAUCACGAUCCGUGACAAAUCGCCGCGGUGGUGGUGGUGCUGCUCUCGGCACAUCGCGGAAUGAUGCUGGGAGACUCAUUAACGCGAGCGAGCAUCGAGAGUCGUUGCGUCGUUCGUCGGAGGACGCGGGGUAUGAGAUAACGUGCGACUUCCUGGCUCGGUUGGAAACGGCGCGGCGUUACAGCGCCGUUUGCCCGAAGAAAUUAUCCUCCCGGUGUCUUUUUCCUUUUUCGAGAAGCGGCGCGGCGCGUCCUCCACCGGGGCGGAGAGAUUUACAAGGCUGUUGACCGGGGAAAAUGAUCGCGUAAUCGCCGUAAUUGCGGCCCCGUGCGUGCCGCAGCGGAUGUAGCGGACCCCGCCGGGACUUCCGGUACCACCGCAAUCUGCGCCACGCACGAUCGAUAUUAUUAGAAACGACCCCGUCGAGUCGAGUCGUCCUUUAACUCGUUCCAUAAAUAAUACAACUGCCUCUUACCCUCCUCUGUCUUUUAUUCGUUUAGAAAACAGUCUACUAUUUAUAAAAAGAAAAAAAGCCACCUGGAAAUGAUAAGAACGGUAUUGGACGACUCGACGAUUCGUCUUGAUAGCUUAAGAAGUUGGACGUGUCGAUUGAUCGAGGAAUGAGUAAUGGAUAAAUGAUUUUGUAUAAGAUAUAGUUCCUUCCUCCGUUUGUGCAUAAAUAUCUUCAAAUGAAAUUGUGGAUUCUGUAUAAGAGAGUGUUGAAUAUUUUUUGCCUUGUACAGUUGUUUGUAACGGCGAACGUUUUGUACAUUUGUCGAUGCGUGCCGAAUUUGUAAUUUUCUUACUGUAUAAUAUUUUGAAAUAUACCGAUUCGCUGA